AUGUCUGAAUCGACAAUUGUCUCCAACACGGCCAACCUUGAGAAGUACCUCAAGUUGAGCCAGAAGGGCUCCAUCAUCGCCGAGUACGUCUGGAUUGACGGCUCCAACGGCGUCCGCUCCAAGUGCAGGACUCUCAAGUCGAAACCCUCCGCAGUUGAGGAGCUCCCCGAAUGGAACUUCGACGGCUCGUCGACGGGCCAGGCCCCCGGCGACAACUCUGAUGUCUACCUCCGCCCCGUCGCCUUCUACCCCGAUCCCUUCCGCCUUGGCGACAACAUCCUCGUCAUGUGCGAGACCUGGGGCUCCGACGGCAAGCCCAACGCCUACAACUUCCGCCACGAUGCCGCCAUCGUGAUGGAGGCCCACAAGGAGCACGACUUCUGGUUCGGUCUCGAGCAGGAGUACACCCUUCUCGACCAGAACGGCUGGCCCUAUGGCUGGCCCAAGGGUGGUUACCCCGGUCCCCAGGGCCCUUACUACUGCGGUGUCGGCACCGGCAAGGUCUUCUGCCGUGACAUCGUUGAGGCUCACUACAAGGCCUGCUUGUACGCUGGCAUCAACAUUUCCGGCACCAACGCCGAGGUCAUGCCGGCUCAGUGGGAGUACCAGGUCGGUCCCUGCACGGGCAUCAACAUGGGCGACGAGCUCUGGAUGUCCAGGUUUAUCCUCCACCGCGUUGCUGAGGAGUUCGGUGCCGUCGUCACCUUCGCUCCCAAGCCCAUCCCCGGUGACUGGAACGGUGCCGGUCUGCACACCAACGUUUCCACCAAGGAGAUCCGUGCCGAGGGCGGUAUGAAGCACAUCGAGGCCGCCAUGGAGAAGCUUGCUCUCAGGCAAGCCGAGCACAUGGCCGUCUACGGCGAGGGCAACCAGGCGCGCAUGACUGGCAGGCACGAGACUGCGUCGUAUGACAAGUUCUCUUGGGGCGUCGCCAACCGUGGCUCCUCGGUCCGUGUUCCUCGUGCCGUCGCUGCCGAGGGCAAGGGCUACUUCGAGGACCGCCGCCCCGCGUCGAAUGCCGACCCCUACCAGGUCACUGGUAUCGUCGUCGAGACCCUCUGCGGCAAGGUCGAGGGUGCUGACGUCGCCGGCAAGGCCGCCGAGACUGCUGAGCUCGAGGCCAAGGCGUAA